UCAGGCACACGAGUCCAGCUCGGUAGCAGUAAGUGCGUGAGUUGUCUCAAUUGCAACUAUUCAUCACGAUGAAGAUGCAAUCGGUGCUCCUCAGCCUUGCACUCGGCAGUGCUGCUGCCUUCACCCCUUCUGCUGGCUCACUGCGCCAGCAGCAGACCUCCCUGCGCAUGUCCAUUGCUGUCGGAGAGCAGUUUCCCGCGCCAGCGUUGUCGAAAAUCGGUGUGAGUGGUAAGCCGGCCGUGCUCUACUUUUACGGUGCAGCUCAGCGUCGUAUACAACAUUUUUGGUCGACUGCGCGUAAACGCGGGCCGACGUCGAACUCUCACAGGUGCGGACGAGGCACCGUCCUGCACGAAGCAGGCCGAGGGCUUCGACGCGGCAUCGAACGAGUUCGGCGGCGUGACGGUCGUCGGCAUCCGCAAUGACAAGGGCGUCAAGGACGGCUUCGCGGACAAAUACGCUCAGCAGUUCUACGUCGACGUCGACGACGAGAUUCGCAAUGAGAUCGGCAUCCCGAAGGAUUUGUUCGUGCUGGGCGGCCGCGAAACUUAUGUGGUUGACAAGGACGGCACCGUCGUGAUCUGUGCCUGAGAACUACUACGGAGACGGCCGUCAGCCUUCACGCCAUCGAGCAGACGCGGAGUUACGGGGGCGACAUCGAAUCGAUGGCGUGGGGCGACUGGAAUGUUAUUUCCACACAGGUGAUGAUGGUCUUCAACGGCCAGCUGAACCCCGAGAAGCACGUCGAGGCGGCGUCGGCAGCCGUCGCGGACCUCCCGAAGGGCGGCGGCGGCUUCGACCUCGCGAGUUUGCUGCCGUUCUAGACAGUAACAAUA